GCCGUAGUCCGUCCCCGCGCCGCUCCCGCCAUCCCCUGCCGCUGGAGGGCUGCGCGGCCCGGCGCGGAGCGGAGCGGGGCUGAGGCGCACAGCGGAGAUGAACGCCGUUCUCGCCGUGAAGCAGUACGUGUCGAAAAUGAUCGAGGACAGCGGGCCGGGCAUGAAGGUGCUCCUGAUGGACCGGGAGACGCCCGGCGCGGUCAGCAUGGUGUACACGCAGUCCGAGAUCCUGCAGAAGGAGGUUUACCUCUUCGAGCGCAUCGACUCCCCCGGCAGGGAGCCCAUGAAGCACCUGAAGGCCGUCUGCUUCCUGCGGCCCACCAAGGAGAACGUGCACUGCCUCAUUCAGGAGCUGCGGAGGCCGAAGUACAGCAUCUAUUAUAUCUAUUUCAGUAAUGUGAUCAGUAAGAGUGAUAUCAAGGCAUUAGCUGAGGCUGAUGAACAGGAAGUUGUGGCAGAAAUUCAGGAGUUCUAUGGAGAUUACAUUGCAGUGAAUCCACACGUUUUUUCUCUCAACCUCUUGGGCUGCUGCCAGGGUCGCAACUGGGAUCCAGCCCAGCUGUCCAGGACAACUCAAGGGCUGACUGCUCUGCUUCUGUCCCUGAAGAAAUGCCCCAUGAUUCGAUACCAACUCUCUUCUGAGCCAGCAAAGAGGCUUGCUGAAUGUGUGAAGCAAGUAAUCACUAAAGAGUAUGAGCUGUUUGACUUCCGUCGCACUGAGGUUCCUCCUUUGCUCCUUAUUCUGGACCGCUCAGACGAUGCCAUCACCCCCCUGCUGAACCAGUGGACGUACCAGGCUAUGGUUCAUGAAUUGCUGGGCAUCAACAACAACCGCGUUGACCUCUCGCGUGUGCCGGGCAUCAGUAAGGAUCUCCGGGAGGUGGUCCUGUCUGCUGAGAACGACGAGUUCUACGCCAACAACAUGUACCUGAACUUUGCAGAGAUUGGCAGUAACAUCAAGAAUCUUAUGGAGGAUUUCCAGAAGAGGAAACCUAAGGAGCAGCAGAAGCUGGAAUCCAUAGCAGAUAUGAAGGCAUUUGUGGAGAACUACCCUCAGUUCAAGAAGAUGUCAGGCACGGUGUCAAAGCACGUGACGGUGGUAGGAGAGCUCUCGCGGCUGGUUGGUGAGCGCAGCCUGCUGGAGGUGUCUGAGGUGGAGCAGGAGCUGGCCUGUCACAGCGACCAUUCCAGCGCCCUCCAGAAUGUGCGGCGCCUCCUGCAGAACCCCAAGGUGACUGAGCUCGAUGCUGCCCGGCUGGUGAUGCUCUAUGCCCUGCACUACGAGCGGCACAGCAGCAACAGCCUGCCAGGGCUGAUGGCAGAUCUCAAGAAUAGGGGUGUUUCUGAGAGAUACCGAAAGCUGGUCUCUGCUGUUGUGGAAUAUGGAGGGAAACGGGUCCGGGGCAGCGACCUGUUCAGUCCCAAGGAUGCUGUAGCCAUCACAAAACAGUUCCUCAAAGGACUGAAGGGUGUUGAGAAUGUGUAUACACAACACCAGCCUCUCCUUCAAGAAACACUGGAUCAGCUCAUCAAAGGAAAACUGAAGGACAGCCAGUACCCCUACUUGGGUCCCAACACGCUCCGUGACAGGCCCCAAGAUAUUAUUGUUUUCAUCAUUGGAGGGGCGACUUACGAGGAAGCACUGACUGUGUACAACCUGAACCGCACCAACCCGGGCGUCAGGGUCGUCCUCGGCGGGACCACCAUCCACAACACCAGGAGCUUCCUCGAGGAGGUUACAGCUUCAGGUUUCCGCGGCCGAAGCACCGAGGGCUCCCAUGCUGCACCGAGGCCGAGCAGCAGGCGGUGAAGCUGGGGCAGUUCCUGCCUCCCCAUCCUCUAUGGUGGCAUUGGUGCCUGCAUGCAGGAACGUGCCCCAGACUGCAGCACCCACACCGCCUCCGCUGGACGUGGGACGCUCAGAACAUCCCUCUGCAAGCACUGCGUGUCUGCUGCCAUGCUGCCCUGAGGCUCUGCGCUGCCGAUGUGUCCGGACACACGUGAGUCCCCUAACGAACAUCUGGUGACAUGGCCCAGACCUUCAUGUGCAUCUCUGGAAGGUGAAGCUGACGGGCACUGCUCAGUUGUCUGUAUAUUUUGAGUCCUAUUAAAUAACCCGUUUUGGCUGAACCUCUUUUCUAUUAAAGAGUGCCACUCCAAGCUUCAUCUUCUGCAUUAACUUCCCUUUACUGUAAGAAACCUGCACCACUCAGUGCCCCUUUCCUCGCUCCCAUGUUCUGAAAAAGUGUUGUGAUUUCUAUUUAACAAUAAAAAUUACU